GUCCAUCCUCCCUCAGACGCCCUCACAGCCGCAGCUGUGCCGGCGCAAUUCGCACAGUCACCUCCACCACUACGGAAUCCGGUAUAGCCCCAGCUUAGUCACCCAGAAAGUGGCCUCAGAUGAUUCUUUGUGCCUCGCCCAAACAACUCUGCAGCAUCACCCGAGCCGGAAAAGCACCCCAGCCUAAACCUCCAAUUCCUCCUCGCCUCGACGCAUCUUCUCGCCUCCGCGAUUCCUCACUCUCCGAUCAUCAUGUCUGCCGCCCUCUUCCGUGUCGCCGCCCGUGGCAUCCGCGCCGCCCCCGUCCGGCCCGCCGCCCAGCCCCUGGUGGCCCGCUCGGCCGUCGCCCUCUCGGCCAACUUCAGCACCUCGACGCCCCGACGAAGCGACCACGGCGAGGAGACCUUUGAGGAGUUCUCCGCUAGAUUCGAGAAGGAGUUUGAUGGCGUCCAGGACGUUUUCGAGCUUCAGCGCAACCUGAACAACGCCUUCGCUUACGAUCUCGUCCCCUCUCCCUCGGUCAUUACCGCCGCCCUCAAGGCCGCCCGAAGGGUUAACGACUUCGGCACUGCCGUCCGUAUCUUCGAAGGCAUCAAGUCCAAGGUCGAGAACAAGGGCCAGUACGAGCAAUACCUCGAGGAGCUCAAGCCCCUGCGGGAAGAGCUCGGCGUGCCUCUGAAGGAGGAGCUUUACCCCGAGGAGAAGUAAAGGACACCCUUUGUGUGUAUCCAGAGUGUUUGAUCCCCGGGCCAGCCCGUGUACAUGUUAGCAGAGACGGAAGGGAAUCCAGAG